GCCUCGCGCAUCCGGAUGUUUGCCGAGCAGUGACAGGCGUGGCCGCGGGAGCUGUGUCCGAGCGCGGUUUUCCUUCAGCUUCUGCGGGCUGAGGCUGUGUUGAGCACAGACUGGACCAUGGAUCCACUCUCAGAGCUGCAGGAUGACCUGACCCUCGACGACACCAGCCAGUCUCUGAACCAGCUGAAGCUGGCCUCCAUCGAUGAGCAGAACUGGCCCUCUGAUGAAAUGCCCGACUUCUCCAAGUCAGACGACUCCAAAAGCAGCUCUCCGGAACCUGUCACACACCUCAAGUGGGAUGACCCUUACUACGACAUCGCCCGGCACCAGAUUGUAGAGGUAGCAGGAGAUGACAAGUACGGGCGGAAGAUCAUUGUGUUCAGUGCCUGUCGGAUGCCCCCCAGCCACCAGCUGGACCACAGCAAGCUCCUGGGGUACCUGAAGCACACCCUGGACCAGUAUGUGGAGAGCGACUACACUCUGCUUUACCUGCACCAUGGCCUGACAAGUGACAACAAGCCCUCUCUCAGCUGGCUGCGUGAUGCUUACCGGGAGUUUGACCGCAAGUACAAGAAGAAUAUCAAGGCCCUGUACAUUGUGCAUCCGACCAUGUUCAUCAAAACCCUCCUCAUCCUCUUCAAACCCCUCAUUAGCUUCAAGUUUGGGCGUAAGAUCUUCUACGUGAAUUACCUGAGUGAGCUGAGUGAGCACGUGAAGCUGGAGCAGUUGGGGAUCCCUCGUCAAGUGCUCAAGUACGAUGACUUUCUGAAGUCCACACAGAAGAGCCCUGCCACAGCGCCCAAGCCCAUGCCACCACGGCCACCCCUACCCAACCAACAGUUUGGGGUCUCACUACAGCACCUCCAGGAGAAGAGCCCAGACCAGCAGCCCAUCCCCAUUGUCCUCCGGGAGACAGUCGCCUACCUGCAGGCCCAUGCUCUCACCACAGAGGGCAUCUUCCGGAGGUCGGCUAACACGCAGAUUGUGCGGGAAGUGCAGCAGAAGUACAACAUGGGGCUGCCUGUGGACUUUGACCAGUACAAUGAGCUACACCUGCCGGCAGUCAUCCUCAAGACCUUCCUUCGGGAGUUGCCUGAGCCGCUGCUCACAUUCGACCUCUACCCCCACGUGGUGGGCUUUCUUAGCAUUGAGGAGAGCCAGAGAGUGGAGGUGACGCAGCAGGUCCUCCACACGCUGCCCGAGGAGAACUUCCGGGUGCUCUGCUUCCUGACGGCCUUCCUAGUGCAGGUCUCCGCCCACUGUGACCAGAACAAGAUGACCAACACCAACCUGGCCGUCGUCUUCGGCCCCAACCUGCUGUGGGCCAAGGAUGCUGCCAUCACCCUCAAGGCCAUCAACCCCAUCAACACUUUCACCAAGUUCCUCUUGGACCAUCAGGCUGAGCUGUUCCCUAGCUCUGACGCCAGAGGGGUGUGAGCUCCACUCCUGCCCCAGCCGCCCCCUUGCUCUGUUUUCCCUCUACCACUUGGGACUCAUUCUUGAGGCAUCAGCCCAGGCCUCUGCCCAGCAGAGACCGCAAAGACCCUGGGAGAUGGGGUCUGGGCCCAGGCACAGUGGUGGUUCACCCCAUUCAGGCCCCCUGUGCUGGCCCCGGAGGCCUUGCUAUUAUUCUGGGACAGUCCUCUUCGCCUUAUAUCUCUCACUGCCUGUCUGGGUGCCUGGCUCCUGCCAGGCUUCCUAGAGUUGGGCUCGGUUCUUCUGGCUGAGCCCAGGGACCCCUUUUCCUGCUUUCUCCUGCCUAUGUGGUCCUGACAACCAUGGCUAGCCAGAGUCACUGCCAGCUGGGCUGGGGGCAGGGGUGGUCCUUUCUUCCCUCAUCUUCCAGCCAUGGCCGAGUCCUCUGACCUGGCUUGGGCAUGCCGAGGCGCCUCCACGUCCAGCUUUUUGGGAUCUGCUGUGUGUUACCUUGGAUACGAGCACCCACAUCAGUGAUCCCGCUAAAGGCUGGGCUUCCAAUGGAAGGAUAGUUAGGCAAGGGUGCCAGGGCUAGAGUCCUUGCCUAUUGCUCCUCUUUCUCCAGGAACUGGGGUGGCCUUUCCUGAAUGGUGCUGCCCCUGGGGCUCCUUGUCCCUUGGUCCUGCCAGGACAGGCAGCUUGGAUGAAAGGGCCCAGAGUCCCAGCAUCCAUUGGCAACAGACUCGUGGCUGGUGGGCUCAGCAACAGGCAGACACCCUCCCGCUUCACCUCCUCUCCCACAAGCUCAGCCUUGGGCUUCCUGCUCUGGCCAGAGGUGAUUUAGUGCCUCCGGGGCUGCUGGGAUUCCUGCCUCCAGCUGGAGAGGAGGCCCAGGCUGCCUGCCGGAGGGACCAAGAGUUUGCUCCCAGCUGAGAGCCCCUUGGCAGGUAGGUUUUGAUUGCAGGUCCCUGGUCUCUUUCUGAAACCUGGACCCCACUGCUGGGGUUUAUGUUCCUUAUUCCAGCUGUGUUCCUUUCCAUGACACUCCUGUGGGGAACCCGGGGUGGCUCCCUCCUGCCACUUUGUUCCCAGGUGGCUGGGGUGCAUCUGUAGUCACUGCCCACCCUGCCCCUACCUCCUUCCCCACCUUGGCCAGCCGCUCCACACCCUGAGCUGUGAGGAAGCUCAGGAACCUGCUCAGUGCCCUAUGCCGGCCAGGAGGGGCUGAGCCUGGGCCUGACUGCAUUGGGCACCCUGUCCAGGAAACUGACACAGCUGGACACCCAGGGCCCGGAGCUGUGGCUGGUUCCCUCAGCCCGUGUCUUUAGCCUGGACCCAAACCACUCUGCUUUCUGGCCUCUUUUGUGUGUAAAGCAUUGCUCAUAGCCCUAUGUUCUGGGGAGCCUUUUAGAUCCCUGUGGUAUCUGGCCUGGCCCCUGCCUGGCUGGCCUGAACCUGGGUGUAUGCGGGGCAGGGGGUGGGGGUUAGGGGGUGCUUGUACUGUGAAUCAGGUGUUAACCAUUCACACUUAAUGACUUCCUUGGCACCGAUCAUGUAUUUCACCGUUUGCACUUUUUGUAUUUCAAUAAAAAUGGAGAUGGA